UUUGUUGUUCCCACUCAAGCCGUUGUCUUUCAGAUUCGGCUUCAGCUUCUCUUCGGAUACGCUCUCGUUUUUCCUGAAUACUCUGGAAAAUUUCAGACUCCCGCUUUUGGACAUCUUCUGGUUUAUGCUCUGACGCUUGCUCGCGAGGAGCUCUCAUCUUUACACCUGUGCUAUUUUUCCAAGGAGAUCCGGAGGCCGUGCAGGAAUAGGCGGAGGUGGCCCUCUGAGUUCAGCUUUCUGAGGUUGAGGGGUAGUAAAGCUUGAAACAGUAGUAGAGGUCACCGCUGAUACAUUUGAACGCGCUAGAGGGCCCCCACUUGAAGUAGCUCCAUUUCCGUUUGA